CGCUCCCGCUUACUCUGACUCGCGGAGCUGCUGCUGGACAAAAAGGAGUCGUUAAAGAAAGAGUCGGAGAGAGAGAGAGAGAGAGAGAGAGAGACGGGAUAAUGGCGGAGCGGCGGUGGAGUUGAACAGCAGUAUGAAGUGUUUAUUCUCGAAUCUGCUGCUUUUCUGCUCUUUUACUCUCAGUGUCGGUGCUCCCCUGCUGCUCUUUGCUAAUCGGCGUGAUGUACGCUUGGUGGACGCUGAGUCGGUGCGCGCAGACUCGGCCGUGUUGGUCGGUGAUCUGGAGGACGCAGCUGCGGUCGACUUCCUGUUCUCAGAGAGUCUGGUGUUCUGGACCGACGUCAGUGAGGAGGCCAUUAAACAGACCUUCUACAACCAGAGCAGCAACGCGGUGAAAGAAGCAGUCCUGGGUUCCGGUCAGAAGGUGGUGGUUUCGGGUCUAGACUCUCCCGAUGGUCUGGCGUGUGAUUGGCUCGGACGGAAACUCUACUGGACCGACUCAGAGACGAACCGCAUUGAGGUGGCGAACCUGGACGGAACGUCACGGAAAGUUCUGUUCUGGCAGGAUCUGGACCAACCUCGGGCCAUAGCACUCAAUCCAGCACAGAGGUACAUGUACUGGACGGAUUGGGGAGAGGAGCCAAGGAUCGAGCGCUCUGGGAUGGAUGGAAGCAGCAGGAAGGUGAUUAUAGAGGAGGAUAUUUAUUGGCCCAAUGGCCUGACUAUCGACCUGGACGAGCAGAAGCUGUACUGGGCCGACGCCAAACUCAGCUUCAUCCACAGAGCCAACCUGGACGGCACGGCACGAGAGACAGUGGUGGAAGGGACACUCACACACCCGUUUGCUCUCACACUCUUUGAUGAGACGCUAUACUGGACAGAUUGGCAAACUCGCUCCAUUCACGCCUGCAACAAACACACAGGCAACAACCGCAGAGAAAUCCUCAACGGCAUCUACUCACCCAUGGACAUCCAGGUGCUGGAACAGAAGAGACAGCCUUACAUCCACACGCCCUGCAGUGAUGGAAACGGAGGAUGUUCUCACCUGUGUCUGCUCUCGCCCUCGCCUCCGUAUUACAGCUGCUCCUGUCCCACCGGCGUGAAACUCCGCGAGGACGGCAAGACCUGUAGACCAGGAGCGGAGGAGGUUCUGCUGCUGGCCCGUCGGACCGAUCUGCGCCGGAUCUCUCUGGACCUCCCGGAUUUCACUGACGUGGUCCUGCAGGUGGGCGAUGUCCGUCAUGCCAUCGCCAUCGACUACGACCCGGUUGAGGGGUACGUGUACUGGACGGACGACGAGGUGCGGGCGAUCCGGCGAUCACGGCUGGACGGAAGCGAUGCCCAUACGCUGGUGAGCGCGGAGGUGGAGCAUCCGGACGGCCUCGCCAUCGACUGGAUCGCACGGAACCUGUACUGGACCGACACCGGGACCGACCGCAUCGAGGUGACGCGCCUCAAUGGCUCGGCCAGGAGGAUCCUCAUCUCUGAAGGACUGAGCGAGCCCAGGGCCAUCGUACUCGACCCGGUCAACGGCUACAUGUACUGGACGGAUUGGGGACAGAAGCCGAAGAUCGAGCGCGCUAAUCUGGAUGGCUCAGAGCGCGUGGUGCUGGUGAACACGUCCCUUGGCUGGCCAAAUGGAUUAGCUCUGGAUCACGCUAGAGGAAAGCUGUACUGGGGAGAUGCUAAAACAGACAAGAUCGAGGUGAUAAACGUGGACGGGUCAAACAGAGCGACCCUGCUGGACGAUAAACUGCCGCACAUUUUUGGCUUCACGCUGCUGGGUGACUACAUCUACUGGAGCGACUGGCAGCGGAGGAGCAUCGAGCGUGUUCACACCACCAAGAUCACGCGUGAGGUCAUCGUCGAGCAGCUGCCUGACCUCAUGGGCCUCAAAGCCACCAAAGUCAGCGAGAUGUUUGGCACUAAUGGCUGCACUGAGUCCAAUGGCGGCUGUAGUCACCUUUGCUUCAAUGGGCCACGGGGUCUCACGUGCGCGUGCCCGAUGGGUCUGGAGCUCCUCAGUGAUCUGCGCACAUGCGUCGUUCCUGAAGCGUUCCUGCUCUUCACCAACCGCGUCGACAUCCGCAGCAUCUCGCUGGGAACCAACAGCAACGACGUGGCCAUCCCACUCAGUGGCAUUAAAGAGGCUUCAGCACUCGACUUUGACUUCGCAGAGAACCGAAUCUUCUGGACUGACAUUAACACCAAGACGAUUAGCCGUGCGUUUAUGAACGGCAGCGGUGUGGAGGCAGUGAUUGAGUUCGGUCUGGAUUAUCCUGAGGGAAUGGCUGUGGACUGGAUGGGCAGGAACAUAUUCUGGGCCGACACCGGAACCAACCGUAUAGAGGUGGCCCGUCUGGACGGUCAGUACCGGCAGGUUCUGGUGUGUAAAGACCUGGACAACCCUCGCUCCCUAGCGCUGGAUCCGGCUAACGGGUAUAUGUACUGGACGGAGUGGGGGGGUCGUCCCCGUAUCGGCUGCGCUCACAUGGACGGCAGCAACAUCAUCACUCUGGUGGAUAAAGUGGGCCGAGCCAACGGUCUGACCAUCGACUACAUGGAUCAGAGACUGUACUGGACCGACCUGGACACGUGCAUGAUCGAGUCCACCAACAUGCAGGGUCAGCAGCGUGAGAUCAUAGCUGAUGAUCUCCCACACCCCUUCGGUCUGACUCAGUACCGAGACUUUAUCUACUGGACCGACUGGAAACAGCGCAGUAUCGAGCGAGCGGAUAAGCGGAGCGGUCAGAACCGGACUCUGGUGCAGGGACAGCUGGAGUACGUCAUGGACAUCCUGGUGUUCCACUCGUCACGACAGGAUGGAUCUAACCAGUGCUCACACAACAACGGCCACUGUGCUCACCUGUGUCUGGCCUCUCCGUCAGGGGCUCAGUGUCGCUGCGCAUCACACUACACACUGCAGCCCAAUGGACACAACUGCAGCUCUCCCUCCAGUUUCCUGUUGUUCAGUCAGAAGAGUUCUAUCAGUCGGAUGGUUUUGGGAGAGCAGAGUCCGGAUAUGAUUUUGCCGAUCCACGUGUUUAGGAAUCUGCGAGCGAUCAGCUUCGACCCCCUGAAGAGAUUCAUCUACUGGAUUGACGGGAAGCAGAGCAUCCGCAAGGCCAGAGACGACGGCUCUCAGGCGAUGACCGUGGUAUCCCCGAGCCCCACACAGCCUCUCAAACAGCCGCACGAUUUGAGUGUUGAUCCGUUCAGCCGCACGGUGUACUGGACCUGUGAGAACACCAACACCAUCAAUGUGCAGCGCAUGGACGGACAGAUCGUCGGGGAAGUGUUGAGAGACGACGUCGACAAACCCCGAGCCAUCGUCGUCAACGCAGAGAAAGGCUACAUGUACUUCACUACGCUGCAGGAUCGCUCGGCCAAGAUCGAGGGCGCAUCUCUGGACGGGACGGAGCGCGAGUCUCUGUUCACGACUGGUUUGAUCCGGCCUGUGGCGCUCGCUCUGGAUAACAAACUGGGCAAGCUGUUCUGGGUAGACGCAGAUCUGAAACGCAUCGAGAGCAGUGACCUGUCCGGAGCCAAUCGGAUUGUCCUCCAGGACUCUAACAUCCUGCAACCGGUCGGUCUGACUGUUCUCGGAGAUCACCUGUAUUGGAUUGAUAAGCAGCAGCAGAUUAUCGAGCGUGUGGAUAAGCGCACUGGGGACAAGAGGACUCGGAUUCAGGGACGGAUUCAGUCUCUGACCGGAAUUCAUGCUGUGGAGCUGAUAGAGACGGACGAGUUCUCUUCCCAUCCUUGUGCCCGUGACAACGGAGGAUGCUCACACAUCUGCAUUGCUAAGGGAGACGGGACUCCGCGAUGCUCGUGCCCCAUACACCUGGUACUGCUGCAGAACCUGCUCAGCUGUGGAGACCCACCCACAUGCUCGGCGGAUCAUUUCACGUGUGCGACAGGCGAGAUCGACUGCAUCCCGAUGACGUGGCGGUGUGACGGUAUUGCCGAGUGUGCUGACCACAGCGACGAAAUGAACUGCCCCGUGUGCUCUGAGCAGCAGUUUCAGUGUCACGGUGGGCAGUGUCUUGAUGCUAAGCUGCGCUGCAACGGAGAACAGGACUGCACUGACGGAUCUGACGAACUCGACUGCCACACCAUCUGCAUGCCCAAUCAGUUCCGCUGUAAAAAUAAUAAAUGCAUCUCGAAGAAGCAGCAGUGCGACUCGUACCCCGACUGCUCAGAUGACUCGGACGAGCUUUUCUGCGAUUUCUCACCAGCCAGUGGUGACGAGCACCACACCAACACCAUCGGGCCGGUGAUAGGAAUCAUCCUGUCGGUGUUCGUGCUGGGCGGGAUAUGCUUUGUGUGUCAGCGUGUUGUGUGUCGCCGCUACAAAGGGCCAAGCGGGGGAUUCCCUCAUGAUUACAUCACUGGGACCGCCCACGUCCCACUGAACUUCAUCAGCACCAAUAAUACGCAACACGCUAACUGUACAGGUAUAUCUUGUGGGAAAUCAAUCGUGAGCUCAGUCAGUCUGAUGGGUAGCAGUAGCAGUGGAGCUCCUCUAUACGACAGGAACCAUGUGACUGGAGCUUCAUCCAGCAGCUCAUCCAGCACCAAAGCUGCCUUUUACCCACAGAUUCUGAAUCCUCCCCCAUCACCAGCUACAGAUCGCUCACUCUAUAACACUGAAGUGUUUUAUUCAUCCAACAGCCCGUCGACAACCAGGUCUUACAGGCCUUAUGUGGUACGGGGCGGUGCUCCACCCACCACGCCCUGCAGCACAGAUGUGUGUGACAGCGAUUACACGCCAAGUCGGUGGAAGAGUAAUAAGUACUACAUGGAGGUGAACUGGGACUCAGAGCCGUGUCCACCACCACCCACCCCACGCAGCCACUACAUGUCCGCCGAGGAGAGCUGUCCGCCAUCACCCUCCACCGAGCGCAGUUACUUCCACCUGUGUCCACCCCCACCCUCACCCUGCACAGACUCAUCCUGACCACACACGCACACACACACACUUGAAGCCAAGUGGGCAUGUUUUAUUUUCCCUCACUCAGAAAAAAAACCAAAAAGACGUUAUUUUUUAAAGCGGAUAUGUUGUACAUAUGUAUAAUAAAGUAAAUAAUAAUGAUAACAAUAAUAAUAAUAAUAAUAAUAAUAAUAGUAAUAAUAAUGACGUUGCCGUCACCGUCAUGGCGACGUGUCCCGCCGAUUGUUCUCUAUGUGAAUUUUUACGAAUUACGAAGCGUAUGUUUGGCUAGUUCUGUUUACCAAAAGUGUGUUUGCUGCUAUUGUACAUAAUCCUUUAAUCCGAAUAAUGAUGAAAACAGCCGGCAAAGUCACGCCUCUACACAUGUAUAUACGUGUACACACACACAUACACACACACAUAUCUAUCUAUCUAUCUAUCUAUCUAUCUAUAUAUAUAUAUAUAUAUAUAUAUAUAUAUAUAUAUAUAUAUAUAUAUAUAUAUAUAUACAUACAUACACAUGGAAAUUAAAUGGAAAUCACCAGCAAGCCACACCCAUAUGGCUGUAGCUUGCUGGUGAAAUCGUAGUAUCGUGAUAGUGCUAAUGUUUUAAUUGUACUGUUAUUGAGCUCAAAGCAAUGUUUCAGCUUCACUUGUGUAAAAUAUCAUAUUCGAAUAUAAAACACGGCUCAUGUAAGAGAGGAAAAACAUCAUGACUAAACGUCUGAGCUCACAGCCGAGAGCUGAUUACUGCAUCAAACAUAAAAAAGUCCGGCUGUCAAUCAAGUCAUUAGCCACGCCCUGCUACAUAUUUUCAAUGAGUUAUAUAAUAUUACGGAAUAUUAAAGUGAAGGGAACUGUUAGUACUGAUAGAAAUGAGUUUGACGUGUAAACUAGAUUUAUUUUCCAAACAUGGAUGUAAAUAUAUUAUCACAGGACAGGAGGCUGUGACCAUAUAAGGGAAGUGAAGAGUAAACCAGGACAUCUGUUUUCUCUCUAAGCCAAUUGGAUUAACAGAUGAGAAUUAAAAAGAAAUGAAAGCAGCUCCUGGUUGCCUGCUCAGACGUCUCGAGCCAGUCGUGUUAGCUUCCGUUAGCGUGUGGCCUGUUAGCAUGUGUCAGAAACUCUGGACUCGUUAUGGGGGGGGGGGAUGCUCAGCUUUAAUAAGGAGGAGAUUUUAGUUUUAGUUUAGUUUUACUUUAAAAAAUUCCAUCUUACUCUUGCCCUUGAAAUGAACUAACAGUGUAUUUCACCUGUCUUAGCGCAUGUAGUCCGUGUCCUUGUGUUUAUAGAAGAACAUUGUGUUGAUUUUUACAUGAAGCACUUAGAUUUGAAAAGUGUCUGGAUCUUUCAGGAUGCCGUGAGCCAACAUUAAAGUGUCACAUCACCAUAAAGUGCCGAACUGUUAAAGAUGCUGAGGAUCCACACAUGCAGUGUGUUUCACUUCCAACCGCCACUGAUGAUGUCACAAAACUGACCAAUCAGCAGCUCUUUAAACUCUAAAUUCAUUCUCUCUCUCUAUCCCCCCCCCCCUCUCUCUCUCUCUCUCACACACACACACACACACACACACAUAGGGCUACCUUCUCUUCCUCACUGCUGUUCACUACAGCACUUUCUGCUGUCUUUUCUUAUCUUUUAUGUUUAAAGCUUUCUUUCUUUCUUUAUCAUUCUUUUCAAUUUUCUCGAGACCUCUGUGGAGGUCUAACGUUUUUUUUCCCUGGUUGUGAUUGACUUCAUCUCUGAAGCUGAAAGCAGCACUGCCUCAUUAGCUCAUUAAUUAAUUAAUUAAUUAACCGAUUAACGUCUCAUCCAGGUUGUCUUUAAGCCCUGAAUGUGACCGAAUCACGUCUUUUGGACUUUGUGACGCCUCUUUUCGCUCUGUUUAAUCGUUCUGUGAUUGUUUUUUUUUCUUGUUAAAUGUAGUGUGUGUAUGUGCAGCUUCCACACUGCCACCGAGCUUCAGAUCAGCGUUUUAAUGUACAGAUGCCUCAUGUAAUGCACAUUUGUGAUGAUUUGAUUUUUUUUCUAUCAAAUACAUUUUUAUAUAUAAUAAAGGUUCUAUUUUACGGAG